AUGGAAUGCAGCGACGAAGACCAAGACACGUUCGGAGCCGCACCCGGCAAAGCAUCGCGACAAAGUGCCAAGGCGAGCUACCUGGCGAAAGCUCACUCGGCGGUGAUCGGCUACAGCUCCGAUUCCCAGCUCCUCCACUUCGUCUAUGACUUGUGGCUCUUCACCACCAUCGGCAGUGCGAAAAACAGCGCUGGCACCAGCAGCGUGCGGGAAGCCUUAGCGACAAAGCCGUACUCGCCGGAGAUGUGGCGCACUUACCACACGGCCUUGGUGGACCUGCAAAAGCAAGUGGGGUGGCCGAGCCUCUUCAUCACCAUCGCCCCGUACGAAUGGUCGUUCCCCUACCACCAGUGGCUGCAAGACGAGCUCACGAAGUCUCUGAGUGCUAGGCUCGACAUGCCCGUUGCGGAGACAUUGCAUUUGGCGCAUGUUCUCACCCAGGCAGUAAAAGGUCUUCUUACAGGGGCCAACGAAGGGCUACAGUCCAAACGGGAGCACGUCUUCUGUUCCGCAGAAGGACCAGGGAAAGUUCGUCACUGGGUGGCCAGGCUGGAGUUUCAAGAUGGGAAGCGCAAACGCAACGUCUUCCGAGACGGUCAGUCCUACCACGGGCGAGGAGCCGUCCAUGUCCACAUACUUCUCUGGCUGAAGGACAUGCAGGCCAUGGACCUAUCAACUAAAAUCCGUGCCGACGUGCCCGGCCAGGGCGAGCAGGAGAUGCGCGAUCUCGUGGUGGGCUCGCAGCUGGAUUACACUUCAAGCGGAUGGCCCGUUCGUGAAGAACCCACAGAAGUGAUCGAGCAGGAGCAACGACUGCGACUGCAUCACCCCCGGGAUGCUUUCGAAAGAAGAUGUCGCGCUUACCUCCCAGACGUACUAGCUGCUCUUCGCUGCCAUGUGGAUGUGCUGGCAUCGGACGGACGAGCCAUGGUGCUGAAAUACUGCGCAAGCUACUUGCCCAAGUUCAGCAGCUCCUUUGCGGCAGAGCUGCUCAACAACGAGGCGACUGAUUUCACUUUGGCUAGGCGAGUUCUGGCGGACUACCAUCCCCUCCAACCGGAGAUGAUCAUGCAGCUUGCGGCACAGCAGCAUCCACAGUUCGUGUGUCCGGCAAACGUGCGCAAGUUCGUCGUUCCAGUUCCCUGGCAGAAAGACCCGCCGCAGAUUGUGCAAAGCUACAUGUCGAGCACCUGGAGGAGGGACAACACGAGCCUCCUCGACUUUCUGCGGAAGUCGGGUUCCGACGGGCAAAUCUCGCAAAAGUAUCGCCGUGUGCACCGUGCACGCAAGAUUGGCAUGCCCCUCAAGGAUUGGAUCAAUGUUCACCCGGCGGACGGCCAGACUCUCGUCGCCAGCGUCAUGUAUUCUCACACCAAUGAUCGCCACUACGGCCAGUGGCUGCUGCUCAAUGUGCCCUUCCGCAACAUCGACGACCUCUGGCACCCACAGGCGGAGCUCCUACCAGAAAAUCUGCGAUACCUGGGCUUAUGUGUCUUGCAUCGACGUCGCUUCUGGCGAAACCCAGACAGCAUCCGCUCCGAGCUGGAGAAGGAGGCGCGAUCGGACACGUACAUCAAGAACACGCUGGCUAUGCUGACUGCGAGGAUCGAACUGAUUGACGCCUACCUAUCCCGAGAAAUGACGGUGGACAGGAACCCAGCCCCUCCAUUGGACGGUGCAGCGCGAGUGUCUGGCGAAGCAAUUGAAGUGGCGCCAGAACAGGCGAACGUGAUAACCUCCAUCGGCAACCGAGUCCGACACGCGAUGCAGGCAAAAUGGCCAGAAGAUCGUGAAGUGGACGGCUGGGCCAGUUGGCUGGAGCGUGACGUGGCCGUCAACAUCGCAACGGUGGUACUGGGACCGGCCGGCAGCGGAAAGACCACCGCCGUGGAGAUCGCGUUGGAUCAGGCCGUCAAAGCGGGCGCGCACGUCGGAGUGGCGUGUCCGACAGGCAUGUUGGCAACCCGGUACAGAGCGCGUCACCCGGACCUGGAUAUCGACACCGUGCAUGGCAUGUUCGCGCUGCACAAAGACGAGCUCGCGACGGCCGACAUGAUGAAGAUCUACGACAUGCUCGUCAUCGACGAAGUCGGACAGCUGCCGGAAUGGAUCUUCGAAAGGUUGCUGCGACUCUGGGAUGCCGCCGACCGCCGGACUGCCCUUGUGUUCGUGGGCGAUUUCUGCCAGCUCUUGGGACCCGACGGCACCACGGCGAGAGACAGUCCCAGGUGGCGGAACAUGCACAUCCUCAAUCUCCACGAGAUGCGUCGCUGCAAGUGCGAGCGGUUGAAAUGGAAACUUCAACUGCUGCGAAGUGAGAUACCCAGCGGCAAACAAUUGAAAAAGAUUUUGAAAGGCCACCGAGCAAAUCUUCGAAGUCGACCUGGCGCCGGCAACGUCCCCAAUGCCGAAGACAUCGCCAUCAUUCUGAAGGAGACCCCAAAGACCACCUUCGUGACAAUCUCCCGUCGAGGAUCCGCCCGGCUCAACCAACUCGCUCUACGUGCUCUCUUCGAAAACGAUGAAGUCCUUGCGCACAUACCAUGCGAUCCACAGGAAAAUUUCGAGAACUUCUACGGUGCUACACAGGUGGAUGCACAGCCUUUUUGGAUGCCGGUCUAUCAGGGUAUGCGUGUGACGAUUACAAGGAAUACGGACAAGGAGAACGGCUUCGUCAAUGGCAUGGGUGCAACCGUUCAGCGCAUGAGACGAAACGGCAUCCAAGUGAAGACCGAUGAAGGCAAGGUUCUCCUGGUGCACCCGAUCACGCACGAGUACUACCUACCUGAUGGAUCUUAUCGCAGGACUACAGCCUUCCCACUUCGUUUGGGCUACAGCACCACGCUGCACAAGAUCCAAGGUGCCACUUUGCCGCACGUCACCUUGUGGAUGGAUGUGCCCUUCGUCCGCGCAGCUUUGUAUGUCGCCAUCUCACGAGUACAGUAUGAUCGCGACUGGCGCUUCCUGGGCUCUAUCGACAGACGGAUCUCGAAAGCGAAGGUUGCAGAGGCCGUGUCCCAGGACCCUCUGACAUCUCAGCCUCCACUCCUCGACAGCAGCUCGGAAGCAGAAUCGGCUGAAGUUUCCAGGUUUUAUUCGCAGCUUCUGGACGAAGGAAGUCAAGAAGAGCACGCAGAACCGUUGCCCGACAAGAGUGUCCCUGAGAGACGUAGUGCCUUGAAGACAUCAUCCCUGUAUCGAGCCCAACAACGAAAAGCACAGGAAGACGAAGCAUGGCAAACGUGGCUGGCAAACCCCGAGAUAGAGGCCACGUCCAAAGACUUCGCAGAGGAAGCAGAGGCAUGGUGGCAGGACUACGAGGAGCAGCGGCGGGCCAAGAGGCAGCGCAGUGAGAGCAACAUCGGUUGGACGGACGAAAAGCCGAAGCACGGUGACAGAAUCUUGGUGUUGAGACAGCCUUACCUCGGGUGGAUUUUGGCGGGAACGAAAACUCUGGAAAUUCGAGAUAAACCUCUGCGUGCACAACAUGUUUGGCUCGGUCACAAAGAGCUCAUCCUUGGUCGCGCUUACAUGAACGGAGCAGAACAGAUUCUCACAGACGAGGAAUGGAAGAGACUUCUGCCACAGCAUCGCUGGGACAGGACUGCGCGACCCUACAAGAGAACCUACGGUUUGCGUCUAAGCCAAGUGUGCCGGACGCGACGGCCGCACGAGUAUACGCACCCGCUGGGUGCGAUCGGCAUGGUGGUCUAUCGCGAGGAAACUCGCCCGGAGGCAUGCAACACAGAGGCAGUUGUUCAACGGACUAAGUCGUGUCCCGGCAGGCAUGAAGAAGCUUGUCGCUUCCAUCGAGAUGGCAGUGGGCGACCCGCUGGACCUUCUAAGCACAGUAAAACCGGCAGAUGCAUGUUCUGUGAUGCCACGGCACUGCGAGAAGUUCAUCGCGUCGCUCCUUCGACUAUCACGAGAGCCUUGAACAAUUUGAAGGCAAAGGCUGCGGAGGUGCACCGCCUGGCACGAACGCGCGUGCAGGAGACCCUGGAGGCAUUUUCGUCGGUUGUGAGCAUCGAAGAUCGUAUUUGUCAUGUGGCGUUGUCUGACACAGAAGUACAAGAAGCUGCCAAAGCCAGAGACAACGAUGCCAAGAGGGCCCGUCGCAAGUUUCCGACGCUUUAUGAGGACGAAGGGCAACAUGGUGAUUGGCAGACCACGGCGGCAAAGACCUUCCAAAAGUGGGCCGAAGAGGAAAGUUGGACAACAUGCCCUGGCUGCAAGCGCCUGCGAACGCAGCGGUUCCCCGCAGGAAGUCGUCGCAGUAAUGCUCGCUGCAACCAUUGUGCGAAGGGCGCAGGAUAUGUCGCGCCAACCCCCGGCGACGUGCCGCUGGCACUCAGAGGCAUGUCUCGGGUCGUGCUGGAGUGUCUCCGGCCGUUUAGCAUCUCCUGCGGGCCCGGCGAACGCUCGCCCUCCGGGUAUUGGGUGCAUACUGCUCCGAUUCGAUUUCGUUGGAAGAGUGCUACACUGACAGAACGCAUUGCCAGUCUCGAGGUGGAGCGUGAACGCAAGCACGCGCAAGUCGCAAGCGAGUGGCUCCUCCAAAACGAAGAGUCGGCAUACAAAAAGUUCAAUGAGCUGCAAGAAGCGUAUGUGAUGGUUUCGCAGCAGCAGGAGGAUACGGAAGAGACACCUUCGACAGACCUCAUGCCAUUGCGGUUCAUGGAGACGGUGGGCAUCGAGUGCGCGGCAUGGCCGCAUUUGUAUUGGAAGACCGCGAUGUGUGAAACCUUUGUCAGAUCGCGAGACAGCCGUCGACUCAAGAGAACUGCAGAUGACCAGAGCGAAAGCGAUGAGAACGAGGAAGGCGUGCAAAAACAUCAGAGCUUCAAGGACGCGGACAAGGGAAGGUUGCCAGGCCUCAUAUCAGCGGAGCUUCCCCCAGCGGGUACGCCUCUCGGCGACCUAGUACGAGGAUCCCAGUUGGAUCGCCACGACAGCGCAUGGCCUCGACGAGAAGAAGCUUCGAUUUGGGACACCGUUUCCCAGACACUGCAGCUGAAACAUCCGCGCGAUGCUUGGGAAGCAAAGGUGAGAGCUUACAUGCCCGACGUGCUCGGGUGCUUAAGAUGCCAUAUGGAUGUUCAGGCCAGUGACGGCCGGGGCAUGAUUUUGAGAUAUGCAACCGGGUAUAUCUCCAAAUUUUCGCAAUUAUCGACUCCGGAAGGCCAACUCGACAAGCGUGAUAUCGCGCACAGCAUCCUGUGGCAGUACCAUCCACUUGAGAUGGAAAUGGUCCUUCAGCUUGCAAGCCACAUCCUGCCCCAGUGCAAUCACACAGGCCACAUUCGUCGUUUCGUGGUGCCGGUACCGUGGAGCAGCGGCCGAUUACCUCGGGAAAUUGAACUGUACGAGAAGAGCACGUGGCGAGCAGACACUAUGCCAUUGUUGGAAUUCUUGCGUCGAAGCAAUGCCAAGGGUGAGAUUAGCUGGGAUAUUCGCCGGAGAUAUGAAGACGAGAAGCCGAGUUGUUCUCUGAACGAGUUUGCCAACAAGUGCUCGACGCAAGGGAGCACCAUGGUUGCAACAGUUCUUUACACUCGGAGCAACGACAACUUCUUCAAGCAAUGGUUGUUGCUGAACGUACCCUUUCGAAGCUUAGAUAACCUCUGGCAUCCCACUGUGGACGAAAUCCCUGAGGACCUGCAAGGCCUAGCGUUGUGUCUGCACCACUGUCCAAGGUAUUGGCAGUCCAUGCCUGCCAUACGACAAGAAAUGGAAGCAGAAGCUUGGAAAGAUUACCACAUUGAGAACGUGAUCUCCAGUGUGAAGGCAAAAACAGAGACCAUUGCAGAGAUAAGGGCCGGAAAUUAUAAGCCACCGAUCGAAAGCAGCUUCGAGAAGCAUGUGGCCGCUGUACCCAAUGAGAGCGAGUUGUCCGCUGAACAGCAACAUCUGGUGCAAGCUAUUACACACAGAGUGAUGGAGGCCGCGGAGAGACGAUGCGGUGGGACGGUCGCAGCUGACCAGUGGAAUGAGCACGUGCGACGGGAAAACCAUGAUCGCGCGAUCUGUUGUCUCGGAGCAGCCGGUACAGGCAAAAGUGUUGUAGUCAAAACAGUCAUGACGAAAGUGCAAGACCGGGCAAACGUGGCCAUUGCGUGUCCAACAGGUUUGCUGGCGGCGAGUUACCGACGGUCAUUUACAGGAGCCCACAUCGACACAGUGCAUGGUUUUUUCGCAUUCCAUGUCGAAGAGCAUUUGACGGUGGAAUUGCUCGCAGACUAUGAUUUGGUGGUUGUGGAGGAGAUUGGCCAGUUAACAAGAACACAGUUCGAGAGAAUUAUGCGACUGUGGUUGGCAGCAGACCAGCGACCGUGUCUCGUUUUCCUGGGUGAUUUCAAGCAAUUGCCGUCUAUAGAUAACACCAACGCCAGAAGCAGUUCUCUGCGCAAGUACAUUAGAUGGUUUGAAUUGCGUCAGGUGCAGCGCACCACAUGUCCGGAGUUGCGUCGCAAGUUGGCUCUGCUGCGCGACUGCCAGCCGACGGAGGCCCAGCUGCAAGCAAUAUUACGCGGACACUCCGUCAGCAACGGGGAUCGCCCAACCCGCGAAGAAGUGGCGGGAGUUCUGGAAGGGCAGCGCGAGGUUACAAUGGUAACGUUCACUCGCAGAGCUGCUGAAGAGCUCAACCAGAUGGCAGUCCAAAUCCAAUUUGGAGACCAUGAUCCACUACGCAUCAUCCCGACAGACCCAGAUGCAAACUGCGACAACAAGCAGCACGGAGAGUAUGUCAAUUUUGAUUGCUCUUAUAUCGCGUUGCACAUCGGCAUGAAGCUGAUGUUGACUCGCAAUGUAAAUAAGGAAGGCGACCAUGUGAAUGGAAUGUUUUGCCAUUUGGAAGCUGUCGGCCGACAUGGCAUCAGGGUCAGAACGGCCACCAACAAGAUCGUUUUGGUGUCCCCACAGACUGAAACCCAGUUGCUCUCUGACGGCAGCGUAGCCAGGGCGACGUUCUAUCCCUUGCGAUUGGGGUAUGCGACAACCUUGCACAAACUGCAGGGUGCCACACUUGACUACAUGGCCCUGUGGUUGGAUCAGGAGGGCAUUCAGGGUGCGGGGUACGUGGCACUGAGCCGCGUCAGAAAGGACACAGACUGGUGUUUCCUCGGUCGGUUGAAGCCGACUCAUUUCUGCCCCUCAUCGGCGUGA